UAAUAUUUUGAUUAUUGUACCUUACACUUUACGUUUUUGCAUUUUAGUGAUUGUGAUGAUUUGCUAUUCGCUGUUGGGGCAGGUUGUCACAAAAGGUCAAUGUGUUUUAAAGAGGUAUCUUGGUUCCUGGACAAAAAUUGUGAAAAUAUUCACUUUUUUGAAGGCGAAGCUUUGAGGCAUAUGCCCAUACAGAAAUUGACGUAUAAACAUAAGUACAUUGAUGCAUAUUUAUUGGAGAUUAGAAUACCUUUAGCAGCCGGUGUAGGAGCAUGCUGCCCCCCUCAUGGAUAAAUGUGUACUGCAAGCAUGACAUCAAAGUGAUGAAGUUGUCUUAGAUCGUCAAAGGGUCGCUGUGACGGGGGCGGAGAACGCCUAUAUAAAAAGUUCAUGCGACUUCACGCUUCACACUACUAACCUCGGCCUGAACAGUCAAAGUUUUGAGGACAGCUGCAUUUGAACUCGAGUUGCUUAUUUAUCUAGAUAGCCUAUAGCUUUUCAUCUUCAACAGAUUUUCCACAGGAGACUGCAAGUGAAUAAACCAUCCACUGCAGGACAUAGGUUGCCAUGAGUGCGGCGUGUAUGAUCAUCUUGGCCUCCCUGUCGGUGUUUAUGUCACCCAUGACUCAGUGCCAGAGUCUGCCGGGUAAGGAAGACCCGUCUCUUGGUGAGCUCUUCCAGCGCGCCGAGAGUCUGCUCAUCAGCUCUAUGCUCACACAGAUGGAGGACGAGAACAACGCCAACGGUGAAGAGGUUCUAUCCCAGUCGGAGUGGAUGGAGAAGAGGCAACACCCGGGCAAACGACAACAUCCAGGUAAACGCGAGGAUGCGGACUAUGAAGACUUCUCUUCACUCGAGAAGAGACAACAUCCCGGGAAACGCGAGGAUGAGGAGAGGAUUAGAAGACAGCAUCCCGGAAAGCGCCUGUCUCUGGAGCCGAUAAUAGGGGAGAAUCCGAGCGCAGAGAGCGGGCUCUCCAAACGUCAGCAUCCGGGAAGACGGUACCUGAUGCUGCUUCAGAAACGACAGCAUCCCGGUAGGCGCGAAUUGUACGAGAGCGACCGGACAGCUGGAGACCUGUUGGAUCUGGAAAAACGUCAACAUCCUGGAAAAAGACAGUGGGAGGCGAAUCCUCCGUGUGAGGAUUGGGAUGUGGCUGGUUGUAAUCAAGCCAGUAUCCUACUCGAGAUUCUGGAAAACGCCACAAAAAGUCACACGGAGGAUAAGAAACAACAUCCCGGGAAGCGGUUUGAGUUAGAGUACGAUGCCACGGAACAUAAAUAAUUUUAGGGGAGUGUAUAAAUUAGUCCGAUGAAUAAUUAUUUAUUGUUUCACAAAAUAUUACAUUAUUGGCCACUCGUCUGUCCAUACGGUAUAUGUUUAAUUUCCUGGUCGCUUUCAAGUUUCUUAACAUUUAAUUAAAGCAAGAGAGUAUUUCCUAAGCAAAGUCGCGUUUUACAAUAUUGUUGCAAUUACACAGUGUCUCUAGAUGCGUUACUGUUACAGAUAUAUAAUAGGUUGCAUAUACUGUAUGUGUACAGGUUUUAUUCCAUACACAGCUGUGGUGAACGGAAAGAAAUGCCCUCCUUACUUCGGCGAACUAGAACGUAUUCUAGCCUAUUUACUGUCAGCCUUUCUACGUCUCAAUACCCUUUUAAAUGAGACGAAUUAAUGCAUGUGGUCAAAUUUUAAAUGAGAUUCUUCAAUCACUUAAUUGUUCAAUAUAGAUUUUAAAUGAACGUUGCUUUAGCAUAAAAAAUUUACGGGAACCCGAAAUAUUUUUCUACAGUAUUCUUGCAUGAAGAAUUUGUACAUUCUCAUUAUUUUGUUCUAUCGAUAUAGAGCCUAUAAAUUAUGUUGUACAAUAAAAUGCUUUCGAUGCGA